CGCAGAUGAAAUCGGAAUCUUAUCUCUCACUAUUAAUCGCUUCCUUCUUCCUCCUCCUCCCCGCAUUCUCAUCCACCGCCGAAGAAUCAUCCACCCGAAUCGGCUGCGGCCACACCUCCCACCGCAACAUGGCCACACCCGGUGGAGUACACGAAUCCCACGGCGCCCAAAACAGCGCUGAAGUUGAAGACCUCGCUCGCUUCGCAGUCCAAGAACACAACAAGAAGGAGAAUGCUCUGCUCGAAUUUGUGAGGGUUGUGAAGGCGAAAGAACAGGUGGUUGCCGGAACUCUGCACCAUCUGACGAUCGAGGCGAUCGAGGCCGGCAAGAAGAAGCUGUACCAAGCAAAGGUGUGGGUGAAGCCUUGGAUGGGCUUCAAGGAAGUGCAGGAGUUCAAGCACGCUGAUGAGGAGGAAACGCCGUCGGUUACCUCUUCCGAUCUUGGCGUCAAGCAAGGCGGUCAUCCUCCUGGGUGGCAAUCUGUGCCGCCGCAUGACCCGCAGGUGCAGGAUGCGGCUAACCAUGCUGUUAAGUCCCUCCAGCAGAAGUCUAAUUCCUUGUUGCCUUAUGAGCUUCAAGAAGUUGUUCACGCUCAGGCUGAGGUGGCAGAAGAGCAUGCAAAGUUUAACAUGCUUCUGAAGGUGAAGAGGGGAAGCAAAGAAGAGAAGUUUAAAGCCGAAGUGCAUAAGAAUGUGGAAGGCACCUUCAGUCUGAAUCAGAUGGAGGCAGAUCACUCCUAAAUCCAAGUAAACUAACUGAAUGUGUGUGCACAUGCUUUGCUUGCCUUUAGUACACCUUGUAUGUCCCGAUACCGAAGACUAAGCUGUUUUGUGCAUCUAAAUAAUGUGUGUGUUUAAAUGCUAAUACUACUUUAAGCUCCGAUAAACCAUCUCUAGUUGAGAAUGCACUUACAGGAAAACAAUGCAAGGUAAUGAACAGUUUCUUCUAUCUGAAAUGAUGCUUCGUCCCGCGCUGCCGGGUUAUCGGUCAA